CUCAACGUCCCGGACGACAACCACGGCCGCGAUGCUCAGGAACCAACUCCUUCAGCUUGCCGUGCCCCUCGUAAAACAAUACGGCUUCACGCGAGAAGCUCUCGCUCGCUCGGUUCUUCAUCUACCUGCACCUCAUGAGCAACCUCUCUCUGAGGCUGCCGUUACCUCCUUGUUUGGGGGUGGGGACGAUGCGCGGAGGACACUCAUAAACGGAUGGUUGGACAUUGCCAGGGCGGAGAUGAAGGCGUCGAGUUCCCCUACGUCUUCCCUGCGAGACGUGCUCGCAAAUAGGCUACGCGCCAAUGAACCUGUCUUGCCUCUGCUCCCAGAGGCUUUUGCGCUGCUCGCAUCGCCAUCGUCUGGCUUGCCACCUCUCGACCCGAUCCCAGGAUUGAAGCACGUCUCCAAGAUUGCCGACGACGCCUGUUAUUUGACCGGAGAAACCUCCGUUGGACCUGCUUGGUUCCGUCGACGAGCCGCCGUGGCGGCUGCGUAUGGUGCUGCAGAGCUACACCAGCUGACGUCACCGAAGACGACGUAUCAGUUUUUGGACCAGGUGCUCAACCUCACGAACAAGGUUGACACUUCCGUCAGCGAAGUAGAGCAAUUUGGAAGAUAUAUUCUAAGAAGCUGGGGAGGCACCAUCCGAAGUCGUGGCAUCUUCCCUUGAUUCUUCUUGUCCCAUGAAGUGACAUCUUGCGGCGGUUUUGUCCCCGCGCAAAAAUGUUGUUGCUAUGAGAAGUUUGCUCGUACAGGGACAAACCCGCGGAGGGUUUAGCGCGAAGCACUCUUGAGGAGCUACCAAUACGUCAGUAUGUGACAUCGUGUUCGUGCGAGCGAUGCAUAUGACCAU